AUCGUGACCUUGACACAACUAUCAGGCGCGCUUUGGAUUUGGACAAACGUUCACACGUACCAACAUCAAUCGUCACUUGAAUUCUUUCUCACAUGGAUUCAUCCUCGACAACCAUGGGAUGCAGCGACGCUGAUGACUUGAGCAUCGCUAGCGACACCUACUCAGAUGCCGAAGACGAGGAAGUCUCCCUGAUUGACUACGCCAGAUACUACGGAUUGAGCAAAGAUUACACGUCUCCCUACCCUCUAUCAUCUUGUGUUCUUCAGUCGAUCCCAGUCUGGGAUGACUCCGACUUCAGUCAGCUUCCCGACUUCGUUCUUCCAGAUAAGGUUGAUACUGAUGAGAAAUGGACCAUCAAUCACCAGAGCGCUCUGUUCCUCAGACGGAUCGCUUUGGUGGAAGCCGUGCCUUCCAUCGACAUCGAGCGACGGGUUACCAGAUCCGCCGAGUUUAAAGUCGAGCCAUUGUUGCUCCUCACAGACUCAGAGCUCGAUCAACGUCGCUUUGUGCGAGCUCGACGCUCAAAGCAAAGUCAGGGCCUGCAGGAUUUGCUCCUUGGAGCCAAAUGGGAAGAGGACGAGACACAUAUCUAUUGGCCAAGCUCUGAUUUGCCUGCGGAGUUGAUCGAACAGAUCAAGCAAGAAAGGCUGCAACUCGACAAAACCGAUAUUCUCUUUCUGCAGCAGUGCGUCUCAACGCUCGAGAAGCCCGAAUGUGAAGAUAUAAGUGCACCGUCACACAAGAAGGCACAAGAAGAGUACGAGGCUGCGAGGCAUACAUCACCUCUGCUACCAUGCUCUUCGCCUUUCCGACUCGGAGUUCCUGACUCACCCGUCAGUCGCAUGCAAUUGGCGACCAGUCCCAUAGAUCCUGUCCCCCUCGAACUCUCGAAAAUUGAGGAAAGCAUGGAUUUGGACGAUGAGUUCUCCCUAGAUGGCCUGUCGGCAUUCGAGAUCGAGGAAUUCGGCGACUCAUACACCACCUCUCCGUUGAAGCGCAAACGACCUGAAGACUUCAAGGUUGAGGUUCCGCUGUCACCAGCCUUGCUAUCAUCAUCCCCGACGAAGAAGACGAAGAUAGUCACGUUCUCAGAUGAGCUGUGUACUACCAUACCCGACUAUGCCAAGCCAUUCCCGUUGGGCGACUCGAAUAGCGCAGAUGAGAGAUACGAUGAAGCUCUCAAGAAAGUGCUUCAAGCUGGUGCUGAAUCAGCUGUCUCUGCAAUUGAAAACGAGCAACUCACGCAGGCUGACUCGACGUUGAGAGUGGAGAUACCCACGAUCGAUCAGUCAGGUCCACUGCCACCGUGGGAAAUGUUCAGCCGCAACCAGCUGGGUUUUGGUACCAGCAUUGAGGCCCAGCAACAGAUGAUCUCUAUGUUGAGGCGAGAGACUAUCAGUCCACGCGAAGUAUGGUCUGGUGUCGUUCGAAUUAAUAGAGCCAUGACACGUUGGCGACCAUUCGAUACGCGACUGAGUGAUCUUCCGAAGGAGGAGAUAACCUGUGAUGAUCUGGACGACUUCAAAAACGAAGAGCCUCAAGACACGACAUCCGGAUGGAAGCUGGAUGGUCUCAGGAUUUUGGACGCUUGUGAGGACGACGAUGAAGCGAUCGAGUUUGCAGAUAUGCCGAUAAUACUUAAGAGGCUGGGCUCGACAGAGACUAUGCCGGAAGGUAAGGCAUGGAGCGAGAAAGGAGGCCCUAAGCUCGCAGCCAUGUUGCAGCCUCGACAGCCAUUAUUCCCCUUAUCUAGGGUGGCGACGCAUACACCACCGGAGGGCCUCAAGCCUCAUAAGAGCCCGGCAUAUCCGCAGCCUCUGUCGGGGAACACGUUCUCGGCAAGUAAUUCCCUGGAUCGAUUCAUGCAGAUACAGACCGGGAAGAAAGCCAGCCCAAAAGUAUCCGAAGAGUCGAGACUGCAGGCUACAACUUCGCCCAUACAUAUUGCCAAGCCUACUUCGAAGUUCACUGCUCGGAUCAGAGACAGUGAGAGCCUGCAGAACCCCAGAAGCUUGACUUCGAAGACUUCACCAAGCAUGCAGUCAAUGAUGCCAUCGAUACACCUUCCAUCCCUACCUGAUCCUGUUCCCCCAAGAACUUUCGUUCUGUCUUCAACGAUGUUCGAUAGAAGAGCUCUCAUCAAACAUAUUGAGCGUCUCAACCCCACAGCUGAAUACAUUGAACGCGAUUUUGCUUCAGCCCGUUCAUUGCGUGGCGUAUCGUCUCAGACCUCGGAAGCCGAUGAAGCGGACAUGAUACUGGCACCUGGGCAUGGGAUCUUGCUGACUACUUUGCAGAAACUUAUUCAGAAGAAUCUGCCAGGUCAAGUUACUCGCAAUGUCGUCCGCGAACGAAUCGUACAGCUGGCGCGUCGAUAUGAGCGGCUCAUCGUUAUGGUGCACGAAGACCGAGCCGGGAGUCAGCAACGUCCGUUGGACAGCCGCGAAUCUGGCGAAAUCGUAUCUCUUGUCAACUUCUGCGCCGCGCAGAGUCAUGAAAUUCAAGUCAUGUACAUCCCCGGGGAUGAGAUAGCACUAGCAAUCUGGAUCGUAGCUAGCAUGGUCCGAUUUGGGCUGAAUGACCCAGAAGUGCAGCUGUUACAAGACGAGACGUCCUGGGAAUUGUUCCUCAGGAAAGCAGGUAUGGACGUCUUUGCGGCUCAGGUGAUCUUGAUCAAACUAAAGGUUCCUGACUCCGUACCGUCGCCUUCGGACAAGCGUCAGUACGGCUUGCCUGCAUUUGUAAUGAUGAGCGAAGCUGAGAGACUGAGAAGAUUCGGUGGACACUUCGGUGGAGAGAAGGUUCUGCGCAAGGUGAGCAUGGCCAUCGAUGGUCGUUUGAUACGAGCUGCUGUUGCUGGCGAUCUGAAGCGAUGAAAGCUAUGACCAAUCUUGAGGAAAUUUGCUGGGCCUCAUCAUAUCCUUGCUUG